AUGCAAGGUGCGAUCAAAGUGAUCCGUUCCCGUGGGAACCUUCUCAGCCAUGCUGUCCUGAGUCACAUCCGUCUCUCCGUUACCAAAUCUCCCGACCUCCUGCGCCCCGUCGGUCUGUUAUCCCUGCGUUUCUUUGACUCGUCGGCGGCUACCAGCGGAGCUAAGCUGGAAGAGACUGGCUUCGAGAGCACCACCAUCGCUGACAUCCUUAAGGCAAAAGGGAAAGGGGCCGACGGCUCGUGGCUUUGGUGCACUACCGAGGACACUGUUUAUGAGGCCGUCAAAUCGGUAGCCUUUUCUUUUGUUUUAUUAUUUUUCGUCGAGAUAAUGAGAAGGAAGUUGCUGGUUUUCCCGGUCACUGGGAACCCUCCUCUGUCUCUGGUUAAUCUAUUGCCAUUUCUCGUGUUUCUUGACGGUGAUCUCAGAUGACUCAGAACAACGUGGGAGCUCUGGUGGUUGUCAAACCAGGAGAGGUAAAAUCUCUCGCGGGGAUUAUUACAGAGAGAGGUAAUGAUUUGGAAAUACGAGUUAUUUACACAUAUUCAGGGCCUUGACGUCUCUUAUCUAGUUUUUGAAAUAUAUCUGAACCUUAUUUUGAGAGAAGAAUCCUGGCUUUGUCGAUGAUUACCUCGAGGAUUUAAUUAUGGAAUCCCUCACGAUGUUUUUUUUCUUCUAUUGAGUCCUGUUUGUUAGAUGAUGAUGCUGUUUUUUUAGAUAGUAGCUUAGAGGUUACAUAAGUGGGGACAUCAUCUUAGCUUGGGAAGAAUGGGCAUGAAAUUUCGUAAGGAUGAAGGAGAUGCCCAGUUCUCAAUGCACCUCUCAAUGAAAUUGCGCAUUCCCCAGGUGAUGAGGCAUUCAUGGAAGCUUAAAAUGGGAUAACACCUCUCAAUGCAUCGCGUUACCUUUUCUUUUUUAAAACAGACUAGACGGAAUGUUUACAUAUGCUUCUUCUUUUUUUGUUAAUAAAUACCCAGUUCUUUUACGUGUAGAAUGCAUGCGAACACUUUGAGAAUUUAUUUUUAAUGAGAAAAGCCGGUCGUGUUGCCAAGGAAAUCGUAUUUUUUUAUUUUAGUAUUUAAUCUGUAUUUUGGUGAUUCGAACCCAUGAAACUGGAAAAAAAUCCUUCCAAGGCCUUUUAGCCUUCGUUUGUAAAGAUUUUCAAUAGUUAAAGGCUCCAGAUAUCUUUAUUGAUCAGUGUACCCCUCUAUUCGUACCAUCGUUGUUUCGGAACCUGCACGAAUUUGCUGAAGAGUGGGCUAUCCUUCUGUCGUGGACAUGAUGCGUUCUAAUUUACUGUAACAUUUUCAUUCAGCCAGGGAAUCAGAUGGAGUGUGUAAAGUAUAACUCGGUCAAAAAAGCGAUAUCUUCUGGGUGAAACGUCCUAAUUGUUGUAGACAUCGGAAUUUUUGUCAGUGUCGCAUGAAGCAUUUUUAGUCAGAGUUGGGUGUCGACCCAGAAACUUACCUUGCAACUAUUGCUACGACGAGAAUUCUCAUUCGAGCAGCAUAUCCUACACUCCUCUGUUUGUGGGCCGACAUGUUUUACGCGGCUAUAGCGCUGUGGUGAAUACUGGUAUCUCCAUGUGAUAUAUUGUUGUUACCUUCUGGCUGUUUGUACCGCUCUCGCGCAGCUUCACUCUCUAGGGUGUGUGGUACUUAUUUCACAGCAUCUCCCAUUUUCUUCAAUCCACGGAAGCCUAGUAAACCCUCUUCAAUCCACUGAGCAGGAAGCUUGUAGAUCUUUGGAUGUCUGUUCUGUAGAACUAAAGCUGGGGUGAGAGGGGGCGGUGCACACAGAUUCUGACGAGACAAGUAUUUCGGCCUGCUUUUCUUCACGGCGUGAAAGAAGAAAAGAUUGAUAUUUUUUUUUGGUUUAAGAAAUUCUUGAGAUACACAUGGUAUACAUGCCUCAUGACGAAUUUGCUUUGUGUCUCUAGACUAUCUGAGGAAGAUCAUCGUACAGGGAAGGUCGUCCAAGUCGACCAAGGUUGGGGACAUCAUGACUGAAGAGGUAAUAGAGCAGCGAUGGACCGGCCAGGGGAUGGGUUUUCCUUUCUUUCCUUUUUUUUCUGGUCGGGGGCAGCUCCACGGGAUAACGGGAUUCUGAUGGACCGGCAUCUUUCUUUCUCUUCUCAUCUUGCAGAACAAGCUCAUUACUGUGACCCCGGACACCAAGGUUCUGCAGGCGAUGCAGCUGAUGACAGGUCGGCUAACGCCAUCUCUACGUUGAAGCUCUCAGCAGAUGAUCGAUCGAAAGGGGGCCCGCGGUGGCUCGCUGACCCUUGUUUCUGUGUGGGCAGACAAGCGUAUCAGGCAUAUCCCGGUGGUCGACGGCGAGGGGAUGGCGGGCAUGGUCUCCAUCGGCGACGUCGUCCGAGCCGUGGUGAGCGAGCACAGGGAGGAGCUGAACCGCCUCAACGCUUACAUUCAAGGCGGCUACUAG